AUGGCUGAUAGAUAUUCAUUCUCAUUAACAACUUUCUCUCCAAGUGGUAAGUUAGUUCAAAUUGAAUAUGCAUUAAACGCAGUGAAACAAGGAGUAACCACAAUUGGUAUCAAAUGUGAUAAUGGGGUAGUCUUAGCCACUGAACGUAAAUCAAACUCCCAUUUAAUCAAAAAUGAUACCAGUAGUAAAGUUGAAUAUAUUACUCCCAAUAUUGGUAUGACUUAUUCAGGAAUGGGACCAGAUUUUCGUGUAUUAGUAGAUAGAGCCCGUAAAUUAGCUCAUACCAAUUAUAAACGAAUUUAUAAUGAAUAUCCUCCAGUUAGAAUCUUAGUUCAAGAAAUUGCUAAAGUAAUGCAAGAAUCUACCCAAUCAGGAGGGAUUAGACCAUUUGGGGUUAGUUUAUUAGUUGGUGGAUAUGAUGAGAAUUCAAAUGUAUUCCAAUUAUAUCAAGUUGAUCCUAGUGGAAGUUAUUUCCCUUGGAAAGCUACUGCAAUUGGUAAAACUUCAAAUUCGGCAAAGACUUUCUUGGAAAAAAGAUGGAAUGAAAAUUUACAAUUGGAAGAUGCUAUUCAUGUAAGUUUAUUAGCUUUGAAGGAAGCCGUUGAAGGGGAAUUGAUUGGUGAGAAUUUGGAUAUUGCGGUUAUAAGUGAACCUCAAGAACAAUUAUUGGGUUUCAAGGGGACUGAAGAAGUUGGUCCUCGAUUUAAAAAAUUAUCAGCUGAAGAAAUAAAUGAUAUCUUGGAUUCGUUGUAG